GUGGGAUGGCCUUACCACGACACCACCGAGGCCGGUGAUGUGAUGACAAAUACGUGCAAGAGGUUAUAAUGAAAUCGGUGCCAAAAACUUCCUAUGAUCCUUUUAAUAUAACGUCUCUCCGUCUUGAUAGGUUUUUUUUUUUUUUUGUCCUCACAAACCAAGCAUGGUCACAUUGAGGCUGUGUUUGUCUUGAGCUGGAAAUAAACACCGUUUGUUUGUCUGUUGGCAGACAGUCAAACACGGUGACGGACAGCUUCACCUACUGCGAAAAAAUUAAAAACCCGAGAAAUUUGUUCAGAGGACGUAAGUCCACAGUUUGCAGCUUCGGCCAAACAGCCAUACAGCGCUCGUAGAGUCGAGCCCGCCCUCAGUGCACAGAUCGAUGGGUUUCCAUUGCAGACUGCACUGGCUAACAGAAUACACAUGGUCUGCCUUUGUAACGCGUCUGUUAGAAGGGAACACUUUCACUUGUUUAGCAAAUUCGCAGAACGGUCAGUGCUUUCCUCUUUAGUGUGUUGUUGUUUAACGGAGCGUAUUCAUGAAUGUCGAUGUUAGGACCGAUUUGACCGUUGGUUUCAUAAUACGUUUGCUAACGUCUGCUAAAACGUCUGCUACAAGAACAGAAAAAAAGUUUCAGGCGUUCAACAAAUCCACAGAACGGUCAGUCGAAAGUCUAAAACAAACGGUGCUCGUGAUGAUGUUACGGAAUGAUGUGUGAGUGCUGAUGUUAAGAUACUAGAAAUAGCGCUGCUUCUGUACCACAUCUGCUAAAAGAAAAGAAAAAACGUUUCACUCGUUCAACACUAAUUUGCACAACGGUCGAUCUUUUAAAAUGGAUAUUAUAAGAUCUCUUUGAACAUUUAAGCAAACAAUGUUCAACUUCGUGUAACUGGACGUGUGGGUGCUGAUGUCAAGACUGGAAUUAUUGCCGAUUCUUUAGCUCAAAUUUUCAUUCGUUCAGCAAAUCUGCAGUAGAAUCUUGUUCUCUGAAUAUUCUGUCGAACAGUGUGCCCUUUGAUGUCACGGGGCAUAUCAGUGCUGAAGUCAUGACAGGAAUUACCGCUGCUUCUAUAACACGUCUAUAAUUCGUUCAGGUAAUUUGCAGAACAGUAGGACUUUUUCUUUUUAGUCUUUGCAAACGAUAUUCUAGUUGCUGCUGUUAAUAGACUUACGGAGACUGAUGUGGAGUUUGAAAUAACCGCUAAUUUCAUAAAACAUCUGCUACAAGGAAAAAACCCUCAUUCUAGCAGCAAAUCCACGGCUGAACAGUUCUAAAUAUAACGGUGAUAAAUGUUAAACAUAUUAGCAAAGCGUUUUAGCAGACGACAGUUUUAUCUUUAGUUGACGUCACGGAACAGAUUGAUGCUGUCGUUGACAUUGGCAUUACAGCUGCUUUCAUAACACGUCGACUACAGGACAUUUAGUGCAGCAAAUGUGCCGAACAGUCGAAGUUAUUUCAAUCGUUAAUUCUUUUCCAAAAACGUUUCAACAGAUGAUAUUUUAGUUGACAUCACGUGACACAUUCUGGUGCUAAUGUGAAUACCGGAAUUACUGGUGUAGACGUCGUUUCGAGUGAGAUAGUGAAACGUUUGGUAGGGAAUGACUUUUCAACUCUGAUUAUUUUUCUAAAGGUUCAGCACACGUAUUCUUGAUGACAUCACUGCAUUGCAGAUAUAGGUGUUGACAUUGACUCUGUAAUUACCACUGUUUUUCGGAAACGUCUGCUGAAGGAUAACUUAAAUCAGCAAAUGUGCCUAACGAUGGGAGUUCUUUCAACCGGUAAGGUUAUUUUUUUACCCAAAAGUAUGAACAAAUCGUAUUCUGGUUGAUGUUGCUGGGCGUUCUUGGUGCUAUUAAGGCUGGGAAUGUAUCUGUUGUUAUUGACGAGGACGUCCUGUCAAUGAUCUAGUGGGCAGUUAUUUUUCUACAGUUUAGUUUAUUUUAUCAAAGUUUUAGCAGACGAUAGUUCAGUUUAUGUCACGGACACAUUUGGCGCUGACGCUAAAUUGAGAAUUACCUCUGUCGUGACUGGCACAGACUGGAAUUACAGCAAUUGUGACUGUUGCUGACGUCGUAUCCAGUGAGACGGUGGUUAAUAUCAGAGGGGAGCGAUUAAGCAAUGCUGGUCAGCGCAUGAUGGAGUACCUGAUCAGACGACUUGUCACGUGCGCCGAAUGUGGCGGCGGACCAGUCACGCAGUGAACAUUUCUUCUUCGCGAUUGUGAAAAAUAUAGUGUGUUCUCAGCUAAGACAAUCAGAAAGGUGAUAGAAACAAAUUACCCAAAAGAAGCUAUAGAAACGGAAAGACAAUAUUGAUGUUAGAGACAGAUAGAUGGAAAUAAUAUUCGGUAGUUGUUUGGUCCCGCACCAAAAAUUUUGAUAUGAAUAUAAAUAAAAUAAUAGAAGAAACAUGAAAAAUAAAAUUAAUAAAAUAAAGAAAAAACAUAAAUAAACAAAUAAACAAAUAAAUAAAUAUAUAAAUAUAUAAAGAACAUAGACUAAAUGCUGCUAAAUUAAAAAGUCACAAGAAGUUAGUAUCACCAGUUCGACAUCAAUGAUUUUAUGUGUUUCUUAUGUGAUCGUCUGAUGGUUUGAUUAUUUCAUUUUGUUACGCUUCACGAUGCAACACAAAAGGGCGUCUUAUUUGAUCUGGAUUCUUAAACCCAUAAGCUAGGUGAAUUAGUACUUUUUUUCUCAUUCAGGUUAUAUGAAUACUGUUGUUUAUUUCUCCCACACUGACAUCCUUCUACGUUGACACCUGCAGCGGCCGUACUACACCUUACACGGCGGUAGUAUUUGUCUCCAAAAAUAACUAUAACUCAAGUGCUGGAGAGAUAUUUUAUCGUCACUUCUUUCAAGCAUAACGGAAAUCUUUGACGUUGACAAUAAAACCUUUGAUAUCAAGCGCCCGGUUCGCUUGGGAGUAUUGACGUAAAAAUUGUUUUACGCCUUACACUCUCGGGUAGUUCGAACAGCUGUACACGUCUUUCGUGUGUGAUCGUCUUGUGGCUCAAAACACCCUCCAAAACAACAGAACCUCGUUAGUAGUAGCACUGAAAAGAGACCGCCUCUAAGUGCAGGGCGGUAGCAGGAGAUAACAGACGACAAAACCACUCGUCCACCGGGGACAACGUACAAGGUGUUUUAACAGCCACACACACACACAGUCUCGCGUGCAGUUCAGUGACCAGCUUCAAAACAAAAAUCAAUGCAAUCGUCAACUCUAGAAAGUCGUCCGUUUCGUACUACAGAAGUGCACUUCUGUUUUGUAGAAUGGUAGCAGACGAUAACGGAGAGUAAACAACAUAUUAUUAAAAGACCUAUAACAGGGUGCGAGAGAUUUUAACUACCGCAAGUGCCGUCUUCUUGGCAGCAUCAAAAAUCAAUGCAGCACGGAAGUCGUCUGAUACACAGAAAAAGUGCAUUUAAUUUUCUAGUUGGGUGAAGUAACAGACGACAGUUGAUGAAGAUGAUGAUGAUGAUGAUGAUGAAACACUCGCCCACCUGUAACGUAUGACGUGGUACGAGACAUUUUUAACGACCACACGCAGUCCGUGUCUGCCUCAUCAACACCGGACUACAGGAGCUGAUUUGAAGGUAGCAGGCAGCAGUUAACAACGGCACGAGCAACCGAUAUCAGACGGCACAAAUUUAAUACGCAUCCACGUGCACGUACCAAACGUACGAGGCAUUUUUGACAACCGCACAUAGCCCGGUGUGUUAUAAACACCGAAGUCAUUAGGGACAAAAGUUGACAACAACACGAGCAGCCGACAAAAUUGGGAACCCAAAUUACACGUCCACGUGCUAUAUAUGAGGGAUUUUAACAAUCGCAUGCAGCCUUCGUAAUCUCGGCACCGAAAUCAAUGUAUCGCAGAAAGAAGUCUCUUCCACAGAUGAUCUAACUUGGGUAGAAGACGGAAAUAGCCGACAACGUAGACCUACAAACCCUAUUAUAUCAGGGUACAAAGAAUCUUUCUUAACAACCGCAUCCAAAGUCAUCUCUCUCUCUCACACACACACAAAAGAUCUAACUUGUGGUUACUGGGUAUAGAUAGUCAGCAGACGCAUACAACCGAGGACAGGCGAGAUCAGCCGAUAGCAGACGACAGUUUGUGAUACACGGACACGUAUACACACACACGUAAACACAUCUAUGAGCGGGUCUCUGUGUGUGAACAUGUCGACAGGUAUGAAGAUGAAGUGUGACUCGCAGGAAUACGCCAGCAUGCAGUCGUCGCUGGCGGUGCAACACAUCCUCCUCACCGUGCUCAUGGUAACCGGCUUCCUGUGCACCAAGACCAUUUACGACAAGAUCCGGCGACGUCACGCACGGAUUACGGUUGUCGUGAUCGGUGCCGGACCGGUCGGACUGACCGCCGUCGUCGUGGCGGCGCGUAGCGGUCGCGUUGCGCGCGUGGUGCUCUACGAGGAGGUGUGCCGCAACGCGCUGGUCAACAAACAGCACCAGAUAGCGUUUGACGCCAAGACGGUCGCGUUCUUGCAGAAGUUGGGAGUGGAUUUCGAUAACAUGGAGGGGUGCUGGGACAAGAGUUGUUUUUUCACGAGGAUAGGGAUAUUCCAGGAAUACCUGUUGAGUGUCAUAUACAGACUGAGUGUUCCCGUCGAUAUUCGGCUUGGCUGUAAGUUUGGCCAGGAAAGCAUCAAGGAGACAGAAAACAUGCCUGGUCGGUGUCUGAUCGUCGCUUGUGAUGGCGCGAACGGACAGGCAGUUCGUCUGCUCGGCCUCAGCGACGAGUUCGAGCAGCAUUCCUGCAACGCCUACGGAGCAGUAGCGGCCCUUGAACGGAUGGACCAACCCCAAGUUCCGCUUCCGGAACGUCGCGUGCAGAAUCUCCAUUUUGAUCUGGCGGCGUACGGAAGUGACGUGGUAGAGGUGGAUGGCCACCAAGGCUUCUCGCUGAAGAUCUUCGGGAGUUCCCGUAACCGCUACAUGUCUCUCGUAAUUCCGAAGUCAGAAUCCCCGCUCGUGAAAACUCUACGCGUGGUCUUGGAUAGAUCGAUGAUGCGCAAUAUUUUCCUCAAGUGCUUCAACACUUACAAAAGCGCCACGGACAACACGAUUAGCGACUCGCUGGCUCUGAAGCACAUGAAGUUCAGCCCGAGACUGUUCGAGAUCAAACUUCUACAGAGGGUGGAGACCGUCACGUACUACCAAGAGUCGGACACCUUCGUGAUCAUCGAGGGCGAGUCAGCCAGGUGCUACAACAUUCAAACAGGUUUGGAUGUAAACGUCGGACUGAAUGGUCUAAUGGUUCUAUCAACUUUCAUAUCCAACAUCACUCUAGCCAGGUCAGAACACGCGAUAAACAAAGCUCUCAUGUUUAAAUCUAAACAGUCGGAACAGUUGUGUAAAGAGAUUGUUCAGAACGGCUUACAUAACUAUAUGCUGUCAAACUAGACCCUGCAAGUUCACUACAGAGAUCCAGGUUUAAACGCUGUUGAAGGAAUUCAAAAGACAAGGAAAGGGCUGAAAGCAAGAAAAGAAGAAAAAAAACAACAACAAUAACAACAAAAUAUGAAGAUGCCCAAAAGAUAAACAUGUUAUUAAUUAAUCCAGCAGGAUCGAGAGAAAUUUGGGCUUAUGGUGCAAGAGGAAUCAGAUGAGGAUAUCCAAAACUGGGCAGUGUUGGAGUUGAGAUGCAUUGUUUCCUGAUGUCCAUAAUACAAAACAGGGAGUGUAGAGAAACAGAAAGAACCAGACUCAAAUACAUUAGAGCUGAGACAGAUCAACUUUUGAGGUUGACAAAGGAAACCUGAGCUUAGUGAGAAAGAAGGAACCAUCUAUAAGUAGAUCCUACUCAGGCAAACAUUGGCCUAUUGUUCAGUCCAGUAGCAAUGAGCUGACGUGUGUCAACCGAAAAGAAGAAGACAAAAUGUCAUAGUUUGAUAUACUGGAUCUAUCUGAAAAUAAAAAUCGACAUGCAAGACAAGACGAAAAACUCCCAACCAUACCCAACAGACAAAGAAGGAAUACGUAUUUGUCCUGCUGUAGCCAGUUUGUGUAUGCAAUCAUAAAAAUGGGAUGUCGUGAUUACACGAAAUAGUAUUUUAAAACAGACAGAAGAUUAUGGCCAAACAAGAACCAGCAUGGGAUAUUCAGACCUGGGUUAUAGAGGAAUCUAAGUGGAAGCAAUAAAGAUACAGAAGCUACACAUAUAAGGUGAGAACCAGUGAACUCCCUCGCUAUAACAUUCUAGACAAAAGUGAGCUGUGGUAAACACCAUCAAAGGCAGCUAAUGCUAUUAAAAGAAAAUUGGAUUAUAGUAUUGACCAUCUUAAACCUGUUGAAGAUAUUCAAAACAAAACAGUGGGCUAAUGGGCGAUCCACAUGAAUCAGGUGGUAAAAACGACAAAAGUUAAGUAGCUCGAAUGAGGACCGGCCACAGAUAAUUGGGCCACGUUCAGCCAAAACGAGCAGAAAGACGUCCGCUAGACUGGUUUAUGCGCUUGACGUUAAACCAAAUGGCCACGCCGUGAACCAAUCAUAUAGUUCGCGAAUGUUAACGAAACGUUUGCUGGCUGAACUUGGGGCCGGUGUCAUUCAAAAGAUAAAACGUGGGGAGCGAAACCAUAUGUAUUUGAUAACACAUGGGCAAUAGUGAAAAUUUGCUGAAACUACGUGGUAUGUUCAAAGGACCAAGAUGGGUUGCUGUGAAAAUCAGCUGAGGAUAUUCAAUUUGUGUAGUAAAUCUGAAGACAUAGGACUUUCAUUUGUAAAGGAGCCAAUAAAGUGGAAAUGGCACUAUUCAGAAUGUGGACGAAAAAGAAAAUAAAUUUCUUUAAAAAAUCUGAAGAAUCAUAUUUCACACCCACGAACAUGACGGAGUGUUUCGACUGGUGUAGCUUUAUAACCUACCUAUGUAUGUAAAGAAGGUAGUUUCAUCAUUGUCAAUUAUAUACGGUAAAGUAAAAUUGCAAAGUUGGUUAAAGAGGUAAAUAUUCAGUUUCUUCAAAGAAAAGGUGUGAUGUUUAUACAUUUCUCGUAUUAAACUGACGACGAUGGACAUACCUAUUAUCUAUAUUAGUAGUAUCAAAGGUGCAUCUGAUGACACUCACAAAAUACAACUGAGGGAGCGAAAGCAUAAGUAUUUGUAAACAAUUGAUAUUAGUUAUAUUAGUAUGCACACACUGUUCAAAAAGUGAUUGUGAUGACAAAUGAUACCAAACUAAUGCUACGUUUCCAUAAGUACGUUUUCCGUGAACGUAUUGCGUGAAACCGCGAAUCUGUAUCCGUGUUGAUCGUUUCCAUACCCGUGUGUGUAUUCCCAUCCGUGAUGACAUACUGAUUGAAAUUAAUUUCGAAAGGACACAGUAAGAACAUCGGUCAGUUUAGACUUCUUGCCCAAAUUGAUGACGAUGCUUUCUUCCGUAUGACAUAAUUAAUUGUAGGACUCCACGCUCCUGUGAUGCGUGAUACGUGAAUCCAAGAAAAAUCACUCACAAACUGAUUACAAAUUAACGUUCACGGAUUACGCACGGUUCAAGAAUAGCAUGGAAAGACUGACAUAGCAGACACAUUAUUUCAAUAAUUGACGAAUUCACAGAAAACGAACAUGUAGAAUGUACAUAUGGAAACGUAGCUUAAAUGCUGAUUGAUGAUAAAUAUUCCUGUCGUAAAUCUAUUUUGCAGCUGUUUUUGCGAUGACACUACCGAUUGCAGGUGCGAAUUUUGUAUAUUACAUAUACGUUCUUUAUUGUACAUGUUUUGGAUGUUGCAGGUUUGAUCAACGUGAUAUAAAAUAUAAGAAAAUUAAGUUAAACGCAAUGCAUACAAGUCGAUACUGAGAGUUUUGUGCGAUAGUUUAGUUAUCUGUGGUAGACGAUGGCAUUGUGAGACAGUACUGUGAUAUUACUAGUGCUGAACACUGCGAGGCUGCAUUGUCAGAGUUGUGUGAUACUUCUGAAACAGUAUUAUCAGAUAUUGUGUAAACGUAUUGUGAGCUAGUAUUGGGAGAUAACAUUGUGCGUUACAACUGAGACAGUAUUGUAAAACAUUAUUGCUUACAACACUGCGAGAUCAAACUCAAACAGUAUUGUAAGACAGUAUUGUGAGAUAGAAUUGUGCGACAAAACUGUGAAAUGGUAUUUUAAAUAGAGAAUACUACAUGGGUAGCUGUUAUAUACUAUUUAUCUUACAAAAAGUUGUUUUAAAAUGUAUCUUACGAGCGUGAUAUUUUCUUAAACAAUGAGUUCGUAAUCUACACGGACACAUCACACGUGAAGAAAAACUUGUUAGUACUUUACAUAGAGACAUCAUUCGUCAAGGAAAACUUGUUGGUAAUCUACACGGAGACAUCUCUCUUAAAGGAAAACGUUUUGUGUUCGACGGACAUAUCUGCACCAACAUAUCUACUGGGUCUUUUCAGCAGGCCGGGCUAUUGACUCAGCCAUGUGUGACUUUUUACACAAUAUAUUGUCCUCAGUCAUGUAACUAUUUUAAUACGUGUUUGCAGUACACCAGUAAAAUGUUAAACGUUUGUUCAACGAAGUUUGUUUUGCUUAACGACGCCACUCGGCUAUUGGAUGGGAAACAUUGGGUAAUUUUCACAUAUAAUCUUAGAGAGGAAACGCGCUACAUUUUUUCAUAUUAGCAAGGAUAUUUGAUAUACAC